GCAUACAGGUGCUUGCACGGGCUCCCUCCAACGACUGUCGUAGCAAAUUCGCAUUCGAAUACGAUGCACUGACGAAGAAUACGCUGGUAGCGAGAGUGGAGACAGAGACAGACCUCCAUUGGCCGGGUUCUAUAAAUAGCACUCUCUUCCCGAGAUUCCCGUUAACGAAACCGUUUUCCUCAGCUUCCCCUUUCCGUCUUUGAGGGAAAAACCCUAACUCUCUCGUCUUCACUUCCAUUGCAUUUCUCGGCAGCCGAUCGCUUUUUCCGACACCAGAUCGGCAUUCUCCGGCGCCAGUGCUCAGCUCCCAUGUCUGAUCUCAAGCCCAAGACCGAGAUCUCGUUCGCGGGAACGUUCGCCAGCAGUGCUUUUGCCGCCUGUGUUGCAGAGAUUUGCACGAUUCCCCUGGACACUGCUAAAGUUAGGCUGCAGCUCCAGAAAAAAGCAACCUCGGGGGAUGGAUUGACUGCACCCAAAUACAGGGGAAUGUUGGGCACUGUUGCUACGAUUGCGAGGGAAGAGGGUUUAUCAGCGCUUUGGAAAGGCAUAGUCCCUGGAUUACAUCGCCAGUGCCUCUUCGGAGGGCUACGAAUUGGGUUGUAUGAACCAGUUAAAUCCUUUUAUGUUGGUAGUGAUUUUGUUGGUGAUGUUCCUUUGACCAAGAAAAUACUUGCUGCCCUCACUACUGGUGCUUUAGCAAUUACGAUCGCUAAUCCUACUGAUCUGGUGAAAGUCCGUCUUCAAUCCGAGGGAAAGCUGCCACCUGGGGUACCUAGGCGUUAUUCUGGAGCACUGAAUGCUUAUUCAACAAUCAUCAAACAGGAAGGAUUUAAGGCUUUGUGGACUGGGCUUGGUCCUAAUAUUGCACGUAAUGCCAUCAUAAAUGCUGCUGAACUAGCGAGUUAUGAUCAAGUGAAGCAGACAAUCUUGAAAAUUCCUGGGUUCUCGGACAAUGUUUUUACCCACCUGUUGGCCGGUUUGGGGGCAGGUUUUUUUGCAGUAUGCAUUGGUUCACCUGUUGAUGUGAUGAAGUCGAGAAUGAUGGGAGAUUCGACCUACAAAAGCACCCUUGAUUGUUUCAUCAAGACUCUGAGAAAUGAUGGACCACUUGCCUUUUAUAAAGGUUUCAUCCCAAAUUUUGGUCGUCUAGGAUCGUGGAAUGUGAUCAUGUUUCUGACUUUGGAGCAGGCCAAGAAAUUCUUCACAAGGGAAGUGCCAAGUUAACACAUUUCUACAGUUUUUACAGUUGAGGCCAUAAAAAAUAAGAAGUUUGUUUUUUUCCUCCCGGGGGAGAUUUUCUCUACCAUUGGAUCUUGCCAAGAGACUGGUAAAUUCCCCAAGAACAGGGCCCUGCUCUUACUCAUGAAAUCUUCAUCACUUACAGAGUCAUCAUGAUAAAGAAACCGUAAGGAAAUUUCACCAACUUUUGAAUCUGCCCGAGAAUAAUCCCAUCACCUGUUUUUGGUGUUGUAUGAUUUUGUUUUUCAUUGUACUUCAUAUUUGUUUCUUUAAUCUUUUACUUUUCCGUA